AUGCUCGUGGCCAGCCUGGUGGCUCUGGCGCUGGCGGUGCGCCUGACCCGAGCGGUGCGUGGGGCGCCCUGCGAGCCUGUGCGCAUCCCCAUGUGCAGACCCAUGCCCUGGAACCUGACCCGCAUGCCCAACCACCUGCACCACAGCACUCAGGAGAACGCCGUGCUGGCUAUCGAGCAGUACGAGGAGCUGGUGGACGCCAACUGCAGCGCAGUGCUGCGCUUCUUCCUGUGCGCCAUGUACGCGCCCAUCUGCGCCCUCGAGUUCCUGCACGACCCCAUCCGGCCCUGCAAGGCCCUGUGCCAACGCGCCCGGGACGACUGCGAACCCCUCAUGCGCCUCUACAACCACAGCUGGCCCGAGAGCCUGGCCUGCGACGACCUGCCAGUCUACGACCGCGGCGUGUGCAUCUCCCCCGAGGCCAUCGUCACCGACCUGCCUGAAGGUUCCCAAAGGGGCCGGGCCAGAGAGGCGGGGAUGGGGGCGGCGGAGUGA